AUGCUGAUCCUCACUGUUCCUGGAGAGUUUGAAGUAAAUUUAACGGUCUUGGGAGAACGCGAACAAACUCCAUGGACACUGUUGAACAUUAAAAUGCUGGUGGAAGACUACGAAAUUGGCUAUGGAGCCCAACUGGUGCAUCCCCUCCAACUACAUAUGCUACACAAUGUAUUACAGUCGAGGAUGGAUGUCGCAAAGAACCCAAUAAAUGAGGUUUACAAUUUCCUACACACCUUCGCGCAGUCAUUGCAACUUGAUGUACUGUUUUGUCAAGCCUCCCAGCUCGCUGCUGGACGUUUAAGGAAUAAAAUUGUCAUAGAAAAAUAUGACCCGAAAGAACGUAUCCUGUCUAUCGGAUAUUGGGUGCAGCGUAUCGCUAAGCGAGCAAUAGGAAAUGUUCGGUGA